GUCUAAAGAUAUGUUCUUUUUGUUAAUGCCAACAGAUUUAGAAAGUCCUGAAGGAAUAGCAAUCGACCACCUGUCUAGAAACAUGUACUGGACAGACUCUGCCUUGGACCGGAUUGAGGUGUCCAGGCUUGAUGGACAGCAUCGGCGCAUGCUCUUUGACACUGACCUUGUAAACCCCAGGGCCAUCAUUGCUGACCCAGUUAAUGGACGUCUCUACUGGUCAGACUGGAACAGAGACCAGCCUAAGAUUGAGAUGUCCAACAUGGAUGGUACAGACAGGGUUGUUCUUGUGCAUGAUAACAUAGAACUCCCCAAUGGACUCUCCUUUGACCCACAUACCAGGCAGCUGUGCUGGGCAGAUGCAGGAACACGUAAGGUGGAGUGCAUUAACCCGUACACUCGGCUGAGGAGAAAGGUGGUGGAAGGACUACAGUACCCCUUUAGCAUUGUCUCUUCUGGAAGAAACCUUUACUAUACAGACUGGAGAAGGCAAGCUGUGGUAUCUGUGGACCAAGUGACAGGGAAAGAGGUGGAUGAGUUCCUCCCUCAGAAGAGAUCACGUCUCUACGGCAUUACCACCUCGUACACACAAUGCCCUCAAGCUGAAAGAAACUACUGCUCAAGCAACAACGGUGGCUGUUCACACUUGUGUCUGCCGCGGCCAGGAGGCUUUACCUGCCGCUGCCCUGACACCCAGGACCCCACCUGCAUUGAGAGGGAUCGUCAUAUCUGAAAGCGGCUGAAUAAUGGACAAGCAGGUGUGUCGACGAGACAUGGACAAAGCAACACCUGUGACACAUAAUACAAGGACAAAGAAAACAUUGCAUAUUGUAAUUAGGGAGAGAAGAUCCAUUUCCUAUCAGUCAUUUAACCCCACCCCCAUCACUAAAGUCCUGGGACAUUGCAGAUGUGAUGUAGUAAUGUGUAAAAGAGGAAUAAAUGAAGUUAGACAUGGAGAUCAUAUGGAGUCCUAUGUAAACCGUAAGAGAAGGAGAUCUCAGGAUAAAAUUCGAUGAAGAGGAGCAAGCACAGAGAGCUGAAAUGAACUGCAGAAAGAAGGAAGCGUGUAAUUAUGGUGCUUUUUUUUCCAACUGUGACCAAAAGGGGACAUCCAGGGGUCUGUGAGCCGGGGCAAGAAGUUUCAAGUCAUCUUGUUGAUUUUUUUAAAUGAUUACAAUUCGUAUAGUUAAAAUUUUAUGUAUACUAUUAACAGGUUAUGUGGUAAUUUAGUUAUUGAGGUUUAUACUUUCCAUUGACUUUAGUGAGAAGUUCAUGUGUGAAGUCUUAAAUCAUGUGGAAACAAAAUAUAGCCAUACAUGUGCAUUAUAGCGAGCAAGUAACUGCCACGUUUGUUUUCCUGUGUUGACUGUAUGGGGUAUGGGGUAGAAGGGGUGGGAUAGUUAUGGGUUGGAUAUUAUCACUAUAUGAAUUAUUUACAUACAUCAAUAUAAUAGUUACAAUUAUUUUCCAGUAUUGUUCUUAGAAUACCACUUUUUAAUUGUAAAAAAAAGUAAAUGGCUAUAUGUAGUAAAUGGCUAUAGACACACUAUGUUAAAACCAUAUUCAGGUUAAAAAAACAGGCUAAAUUACAUUUACAAAUGUAGUCAUCAGCCAAGACAUGAAUCUUCUUUGGUAUUACUACAGCCCAUAGUUUCAAGUUUUCAACAUUCUCUAGAGAAAAAUAAAGUAGAAACCCUCCUACUUUACAGAAAUAUCCAAUUUGACUUGAAAAUGACCUGUGUUAUACAUUGUGAUAUUGAUCACAUCAAGCUUUUCUUACUUGAGAACAUCAUUAGCCUCAAAGUAAAUAACGCAUGUCUUUGUUGAUCGACUAUACUUGAGGGAAAUUGGAAACUGUGUUAAUUUUAUUACUGACAAACUAUUUGAAGAUGUUCAGGUUUACAAGCUUUAAGCCGGAUGCCGAGGUGCUGUCCGUCUGGAUUGAGCACCGCUGGGGAAUGCGUUGGCCUUCAUGACCUCAUCCGCCAUAUGGGGCUUCACACACUCACCAGUAAUGCAUUAGAUAACCAUGUAUGUGUUGAUUGUGCAGCUGGGAAAAGGAGAUGGGAAAAGUUUCCAAUUCAUACAGCUGUCUAAUAAAAAUAAAAUUAAAAAUUUUUUUUUUUUUUAA